ACACCCUGGCGUAGCUUAUCGUAAAAUCCCAUUUCCAAUUAUCUUUUUCUUCAUUUCCCCGAAACAACUUUGCAAACAAAAAAUUAAAAACCAUGGCACUCCUCUCUUUCAAUUCCCUCACACUCUCCCCUCUCCACUCUUCUUCUUCCCUUCUCACACUUCCCAUUACCACUGAACUAAGAGUACAAGUGGCUCAGCCCUGGAAGCCCUUGAACGGAGUUCGAAUCACGACACCCAUAGGGAAGAAAGGCGCGCUGAUUGUCUCUGCAGCCGCAGACGGCUCUAGUUCACCGGCGGAGAGCGAGAAGGCGAGUGGCGUGAGUGCGGAGAAGCUUCCUUUGGAGUCAAAGGUAAAGGAGAGAGAGGAGCAGAAGCUGAGGAUUAAGCUGGCGAAGAAGAUACGGUUGCGAAGGAAAAGGCUUCUUCGGAAACGCAAGUUGAGGAAGAAGGGUAGAUGGUCACCUUCUAAGAUGAAGAAAUUGAAGAAUGUAUGACAAUCUAUGAAAACUAUUACUUUAAUUUCAAUUUGCUUUAUGCAGGUUUAAGCUUCUUCUCAUCUUAUUUUCACUGUAAUUGCGUUGCUUUACCGUGUAUUUUGACAAAUUUAUUAAUUUUCAAAGAAGCGUGUUUUGUCU